AUGCUAGACGCUAAAUUUAAAUUAAAUCAAAAGAUAUUGAAAGUGAAUAGAGAAAACACAAGAAUUGCUAAAAAUCGAGCCACUAAAAGCCUUCGACAAUCACUUAACGUUGAAGGCUAA